AAACCUAAUGUAAGUUCGUGAAAUGUCAUAAUAAAAACUUCGAUUCUUAUCCAGUCUUUAGCAAUUUAUCAUUUAAAUUUGCCUCUAAUAAAAUCAAACACGUUUUAUUUCUAAACUCGAAUUUCACAAAAACGGUUUUGUAUUAAUACAAACAUUAUAUAAAAUUUUCAUCAAAUGACACCUUCUACAAAACUGCCAGAAAAAACUGGCCGCCGAAAAAUUAACACAGAUGACCCUCGAUUUAGAAUAAAGCCGUAUCAACAAAUCGCCUCGGCAUGUACUGGGGGAAUAAUUACCUCAUUGAUAAUGACACCAUUGGAUGUUGUUAAAACGCGCAUUCAAACGCAACAAAAGUUACUACUCUCCAACAAAUGCUUCCUUUAUUGCAAUGGUCUUAUGGAUCACCUAUGUCCGUGUGGACCCAAUUCUGCUCCAUUGAAGAAUCAUCUUCAUCUAAAUGGCACCAUUGACGCAUUCAUAAAAAUUAGUCGCUCUGAAGGCGUAAAAGCUCUUUGGUCAGGUCUCGGACCAACUCUAGUCUCAGCUCUUCCUUCUACGGUUAUCUAUUUUGUUGCCUACGAACAAAUCAGAAGACACACCAAAGACUUUCACAAUAAACACCUUGGCGGAACGGACAUGCCUUUGUAUGUACCCCUAUUUGCAGGUGUAUCGUCUCGCAUCUUUGCCGUUACAAUGGUUAGCCCUCUUGAGCUAAUACGAACUAAAAUGCAAUCGCAAAAGAUGACCUACAAAGAAAUGACCAAUGCUGUCCGCACUAUGAUUCAAGCAGAUGGAGCACUGGUACUUUUUAAGGGUCUACCUCCAACUAUUUAUCGUGAUGUUCCUUUUUCUGGUAUCUACUGGUCAUGCUAUGAAGCUCUUAAAUGGUAUUAUCAAGUGACAGAUCCUACAUUUGGUUUUAGUUUUACUGCAGGAGCAGUUGCAGGAUCGGUUGCCGCUACAAUAACAACACCUUUUGAUUUGAUAAAAACUUAUCAGCAAAUAGAGUUUGGCGAACAAGUAAUCUAUACAGACAAGCCACGGCCGAACAUUCCCAUAAAAACGACUUCAGAAAGACUCAAAGAAGUAUAUCGGCUACAUGGUUUUCGAGGUUUAUUUGCUGGUCUAUUACCACGAUUGGCAAAAGUUGCACCCGCGUGUGCAGUGAUGAUAUCAUCUUUUGAAUAUGGAAAAUCGUUCUUUUACAAACUCAACGUCCAAAGAUAUAACGAAAAUCAUAUGUAGUGUAAAAUUUUAAAAACCAUAUUAACUAGUUGAAAACUUGUUAUUCUUGUGAUGAUGUUUUAAGAAUGUUAAUACAGCUGUUGUGAAAAAAAAAUGUUUAGGUGUUUGCUUUUUAGAAAUAUAAAAAAUUGUUAAACUUA